AGUGGGAGAGGCCGCUUUUCAAUUCUACACAUCCUCCGUUAUUUAUUACUCUCUCGCUCUGCUCUUCUUCUUCCUAUCUAAGGUACCUCGCUCUUUCCUCUUCAGUCCUCUGCGAAGCUGAAAAAAAAUAACGAGAGCAAUGGAAGGAGGACCACCCGAAACCCUCCUCCUCCUCCUCCUCUUCUCCUUCGCCUCCCUCCUUCCUGCUCUCUCCACUCCCGCCACUCUGCAGCUCCAGACCCAUUCCCUUGUGCUCCGCCCUCUCCCAUCUCCUCCCACUCUCGCCUCUUGGCCCGAAUCCGAAGCCGAAUCCGCCGCCUUCUCGUCAGAGUCCGAAACCUCCUCCUCCGCCGCCGCCGCCGCCGCCGCCGCCACCUCCACCGCUCUCUCCAUGGAGUUGCAGCACAUUGACGCUCUGUCCUUCAACCUCACCCCACAAGCCCUCUUCCACCUCCGCCUCCAGAGAGACGCCUCUCGCGUCCAGUCCCUCUCUGAGCUUGCAGUCGCCGCCGCGGCCGCUUCCCCCGGCGGCAACGCCAGCCUCCCUCGCAUGGGGUUCAGCAGCUCCGUCGUGUCGGGGCUCGCCCAGGGGAGCGGCGAGUACUUCACCCGCCUCGGCGUGGGCACUCCUGCCCGCUACGUCUACAUGGUCCUCGACACGGGCAGCGACGUCGUCUGGAUCCAGUGCGCCCCCUGCCGGAAAUGCUACUCCCAGACCGACCCUGUCUUCGACCCUUCCAAGUCCACCUCCUUCGCCGCCAUCUCCUGCUCCUCCCCGCUCUGCCGCCGCCUCGACUCCCCCGGCUGCAACCAGCGCCGCAGGUGCCAGUACCAGGUCUCCUACGGCGACGGCUCCUUCACCCUCGGCGAGUUCUCCACGGAGACCCUGACUUUCCGUCGCACUCGGGUUGGCCGCAUCGCCCUCGGUUGCGGCCACGACAACGAGGGCCUCUUCAUCGGCGCCGCCGGGCUGCUGGGCCUCGGCCGCGGGAGGCUCUCCUUCCCUGCGCAGGCCGGUCGCCGGUUUAACAACAAGUUCUCCUACUGCCUGGUGGACCGGUCCUCCUCCUCCAGGCCGUCCUCCGUCAUUUUCGGCGACGCGGCCAUGUCCCGACCCGCCCGGUUCACUCCGCUACUGAAAAACCCUAAGCUGGAUACGUUCUACUACGUGGAGCUCAUCGGGAUGAGCGUCGGCGGUGCACGCGUCCCCGGCAUCACGGCCUCUCUUUUCAAGCUGGACCCCGCGGGCAACGGUGGGGUCAUCGUCGACUCGGGCACGUCCGUGACCCGCCUGACCCGACCCGCGUACGUCGCGCUCCGUGACGCUUUCCGGGCCGGGGCGUCGAACCUGAAGCGGGGCCCGGACUUCUCCCUCUUCGACACGUGCUACGACCUGUCCGGGAAGACGGAGGUGAAGGUGCCGACGGUGGUGCUGCACUUCCGGGGAGCCGACGUGUCCCUCCCGGCGUCGAAUUACCUGAUCCCGGUGGACAGCAAGGGGACGUUCUGCUUCGCGUUCGCGGGCACGAUGAGCGGGCUGUCCAUAAUCGGGAACAUCCAGCAACAGGGCUUCCGGGUUGUGUUCGACCUGGCGGGUUCGAGGGUCGGGUUCUCUCCACGUGGGUGCGCGUGAGCGGUGUAGCAUGUGUGGGAUGUCGCUGCACGUGCGGGAGUCGGUAACCGUGGGACCCUCCCAAGUCCUUUUCUUUUCCUUUU